AUGCGUCGCAAGCAUGAUCAAGAAGGGCUUUUAACUAUGGCAAAUAAGGGUCCAAAUACCAACAACUCUCAAUUUGUCAUAACCGUUGUUAAAGCAAUUGAAAGUACGCCAACAGAUGAACACGAUAGACCUAUUGGAAUUGUUAUGAUAGCACAAUGUGGAGAGUUGGAGUUGAAGUUACCUCCUAAUUUAAAGGUGGUUAAAGAAAAAGGAAACAGAAAAACUGAGGAGGGAGAGGAAUCAUCUCCAAGUUCAUCAGAAUCCGAAGACAGCAAGAAAAGAAAGAGUCGCAAGAGGCCAUCCAAAAGGUCGCCAUCGAAAUCGACUGAUUCAGAGAGUGAGUCUAGUGACUCUGAAGAAGACCGUCGCAAAAAGAAGAAGGAUAAAAAGCGAAAGAAAAAAAAAUCUUCAAAAAAGAAGCGUAAAGAAAAGAAAAGAAAGAGAAGCCCGAGCAGUUCACGUAGUCGAAGCGUUAGUAUAGAAAGAAAACGUAGUGAAUCUAGAUCUCCUAUUAAGGAAGUAACUAAUCCUGACGAUGACGCAUACAUAAAACCAACGAAUGGUAAUGGUGAAAAGCAGGAAAGAUCUCGAUCAAAAACUCCGGUCAUUCGUCGUAAUUCUCGUUCAUUAUCUCGGUCCAGAUCUCCUCGUCAGAAAUCUCGUUCCAGGUCUCGUUCAAUAGGACGUUCUGUUUCUAGAUCACGUAUUCGUCGUCGCAGGAUGGAUAAACACGAAGUCGUGACCCAAGUCAAAAUCGUAAUCAAAACCGCAGUAGAGACAGGAGUCGAGGUCGGUAUAGAAUUCGCAGUCAGGAGCGCAGUCACAGUAGGGACUCGGCUCGCGGUAGAAGCGGCGAAAGAAAUACUGCUAAAAAUUAUGAACGGACCGGAAGUCCUAGUCGCGACAAAGAGUCAUCCCCCAAAAGGUACCAAAGUCAGAGUAAAGAUCGGGAUGAAAAAGUCAAUCACAGUAAAAGUCCGAACCGAGUCAGAAAUCGUAGUCACUCUCAAGAACGAAAGGAUAAAAAUGAAAGACCGCAUGACAGAUCACGUAAACAUGGCUCAGAUGCAACUAAUGAUCUCGCUUCAGAUAGAAAUAGGUCAAAGUCUAGAUCUCCGCCUGUUAAAUACAAAGGCAGAGGAAGAUUGGUAA